AUGGUUGUGAGGUUACAAACUCGCAAACGUCAGCUUGAGUUAAUUCAAAUGGAGGAGAAGGAGACAAUCAACGAUUUCACGACAAGAAUUACUCUAUUGGUGAACCAAGUAAAAGCAUGUGGAGAAAUGAUCAUGAAGCAGUAUGUUGUCGCAAAAAUUUUGCGUUCAUCAACGACAAGAUUUGAUAAAGUUGUCAUAGCGAUUGAGGAAUCGAAGGAUCUUGCGAAGAUGAGCAAAGAGGAGCUACAAAGCUCUCUUGAGGCUCAUGGGCAAAGGAUGGAGAGAGAAAAUUUUGGUGGAAGAGAAUCCCAAAAUUCCAAGAAUUCGACUUGUGAAAAGGGUGAGAGUAGCUGCAACAAGAAUGGUGGUCAAGGAAACUUUAAAGGUGAAAGAAGAAGGAUUGAUAAAAGCAAGAUGCAGUGCUUUGUUUGUCAAAAGUUCGGUCAUUUUUCAAGAGAGUGCAAUGUGAAUAAGAAGGAACCUCAUGUGAAUGAAUCCAAGGUUGCAAUUGCAAGACAAGUAUUUAAUGAGGAGAAUACUCUCUUAGUUAUGAUCAUAGAAUGGGAAUACAGCAGCAUUAGGCUUCGGGACAACAACAACAACAAUAUUUUUGGAAACGCUGCAGAAACAUGUUGUAACCGAUUACCUAUACGCUGUAACCGGUUAGAGGCAGAAGGAUCUGCCAUGAUGAGUAUGAAAGGUGAAGUUCACUGUAGCGAGGAAUGA